GUUGACAAGUAAUGGGGUUAUACAGUAUAAGGAUAAGAUCUGAGGUUUGCCAAGGGACACACUCGUCGUUUUCAUGCUGUGACAGAGGGACACGCACUCUGGAGGACUUUGGCAAUCGUGGAUGGACUAGUGCCGAUAGUCUAAAUCUGUAACUGGGAGGUCCUAGUAACUGAACAGAACUUCUGUUUUCAGAUUCAGCACCACCGGCUUUUCUGCAGUGAUUCUGUCAGAGAUGCAGAAGUUCGGUAAAGGAAAGCGAGUUGGAUACUGGCUCAGCGACAAGAAGAUAAAAAAACUCAAUUUCCAGACCUUCGUGGAAAUGUGCAGGAAACAAGGCAUAGAGAUGAUUCAGCUGGAUCUGAGCCAUCCAAUAGAGAAGCAGGGUCCUUUUGAUGUCAUCAUCCACAAGCUGACUGACCACAUUGUUGAGGCUGACCAGAAGGUCACAGAGUCUCUGCUCCUUGUACAGGGAGUUCAGGACUACAUAGAUGCUCACCCUGAAACAGUAAUUCUGGACCCUCUUCCAGCCAUUCGUACUCUGUUGGACCGUUGCAAGUCGUACAAGCUAAUCCAUAUAAUUGAAGACUGCAUGCAAGAUGACAGGAUCUGCUCACCUCCGUUCAUGGUCCUCAAGAGCGAGUGUGGCGCAGAGACUCUGGAGGAGCUCCACAAAAAUGGAAUAACAUUUCCUUUCAUUUGCAAGACCCAGGUAGCUCAUGGCAUCAGCUCCCAUGAGAUGGCCAUCAUCUUCAGUGAAGAAGAUCUGAAAGACAUCAAGCCCCCAUGUGUAAUUCAGAGCUUCAUCAACCAUAAUGCAGUUUUGUACAAGGUCUUUGUAGUGGGAGAGGCCUACAAUGUGGUGCAGCGGCCCUCGAUUAGGAACUUUCCUUCUGGACCCACAGAUAGAAGAUCAAUAUCCUUUAACAGUCACCAUGUGUCCAAGCCAGAGUCCUCUUCUCACCUGACCAGUAGGGACAACAUGGAGGGGCAGUACUGGGCACCCAGAAAUGAUGUCAUCCAAAAAAUUUCCAGAAGGUUACGACAAGCCCUCGGAAUUUCUCUGUUUGGGAUUGAUAUCAUUAUAAACAACCAGACUGGCCAGCACGCUGUCAUUGACAUCAACGCAUUCCCAGGUUACGAGGGAGUCCCUGAGUUUUUUGAUGACUUGUUGAGUCACAUCACCAGCAUUCUUCAAGGUCAUGUAACAAAUGGAGUGACAUGCCCUCACCUGAGAGUGAAUGGAAUAGCACAGUGCCCAUCUGUGGCCUGUGCGAUGCACUGUGGCAUGCUUGGACAUAUAAGCAGUUGCUGGUUCAAGGACAGCGAGGGGAUAAAGAAGGAUUCCCUUCAGGGACGGAGUUGCUGUGGUGCUUGCAUGGCUCCAAACUUUCACCAGCAUGGCAGAUCCAGUUUAGCAGCAGAGACUUCCUCACAGUGACACUGUGUGACCCAUGCCAAUCUAAUAGAAUAAUUAAUUACCAUUCACAAACCAAUUUAACCCUCAUCCAAUGGUAGGUAUAUAGAAAAUUCCUUUGUGCCAAAUGUGAAUUGUGAAGGAAAUUAUUAAAUGUGUAUUGAUUGUUUUCUAAGAAUUGAUUUUAUUUAAAUGAAUGUUUAACAUGGCUACCUGAUUGUGAAAAAGUAUGCGAUUUGAUCAUUGAUGAAUGUUGCACUGGACUUGGUUUACAUCAAAAUGACUGAAAAUAUUAUUAAUUGUAAUAUAUUAAUGAGAUACUUUACAUAACUUGAAAGGAAAAUUAGUGUCACGAUUCGGAUGUAACUUUAAGAUGUUGCACUAUUUAAAAAAAAAUUAAAAAAAAAUAAAAGUGCCCAGUUGGCACUAAGGAUUCUCUUCUAGCAUGCAUGAUAAGCUCUUGACAAAAUUCUUGAUUGGAGAGCUUGAACACCUUAUAGUGCUGUCUGAAGCAAUCAGGUGGCAAUUAAUCUUUUCAAAACACAGCAAGAGUAGCAAUGCUUGCAUUUCAAAAACAUGUAACAGGUUGUAGGGUUAGAUGUUUUUAAAGAGUAAACAUUUAAUAUCUGGAGGAACCUGUAGUCCUUUAUGUAGUUGCACUUCUUUUAAACAUCCUUCCCACACUUACAGGUGCUACAAGAAUAUAUGGGAUUAUGCAUUGUUAACAAACAGAAAACUAACUAAUUUACAUACCACUUAAGGGAAUAUCACUCAAAAAUGUUAAUUCUGUCAUCAUGUACUCACAUAUCCAUUCCAAGCCUGCAUGAUUUCUUUCUUAGCAGAAUGUUCAUGCUGCUCUUUUCCACAUAAUAAACGUCAAUGGUGACCAGGGGUCAUUAAGAUAAAGGUAGUCCAGAUUUUGUGCUAUAUUCCUAGUCUUUUAAAGUCAUAAGAUAGCUUUGUGUGAGGAAAAGACCCUUAAUUUAAGUCAUUAUGCACUGAUAAACUUCUCUGCGAAAGCGCUUCUAUAUUCUAUGGAAGAUUUUCAGCGAAUAACAGCCCAAUUGCUUUGUGUUAUGUUUGUACAUGAUGUAUAAUUUGUAUAUCUGUUGAUUUUUUGAGGUAGAAAAAGCCUUUGAAAUGACAUAAUAAUAAAUACAGAACUCUAA